AUGGUUGGCAGCUCCAUCUCUUCUCCAGGAGCUGCUGUGCCGGAGGGUGGAUCCACUGAGCAUCGACCUGGUAGCCCGGAGGCCCCGGGGCUCAGCGCAGGCGAGUCUGCGGGAAGUGACGUUCAUCUCCUGAGAAGUGAAAACCACUUCCUGACGGAGAAGCUUGUGGAAGCUUCCCUGCAGUCAGCUCAACACUUUGAGGCGCUCUCUUCGAACCGGGACGAACUCCGCCGCCAGGUUCAGGACCUGCGCACCCAGCUCGACAGCGAGAAGGCUCAGCGCUCCCGGUUUGAGGAGCGCUUGGCCUCGGCAGAGGAGAUCCUGGGGCGGCUGACAGAGGAGAACAUGCGCUUGAGCGGGAAUGCAAAAGCUCCGGAGGCGACGUCUCCGGCAUCCCAACCCGAGCAGAUGGACAGGGACUCCUUGUGGAAGGUUUACACCAGCCUGAGGGAAAAGGCAGAGCGUCUCGGCCAGGAGAACGAAGAGCUGCGGAAGCUCACGGAGCAAAGGCGCGCUUGGAUCUCUUACGACAGCCCUGGCCUCCAGGAUACAACGCUCAUAUUCCAGGCAAACUCCACGAUCAUGGAGUUGGCGCAGCGAAACUUACAGUUGGAGGGGCGCCUUCAGGCUGCCCAGCAGCAGCUGGAGAAGCUGCGAGGUGUCACCCCGAAUCUCCCGGGGAGCUGCUCCACCACUCCUCGCGCUGCUUCACAAUCCUCACGCUCGGUAUCCCGCAGCGGCUCUGCUGUGCAGGUUCGACAGCGGGUGGAUUUGGACAUCGAGCGCAAUGCCAGCGCGCAGUCGUUGCACAGUGCGGCCUCUGACAGGGGCCAGCAUGACAGAAGCACGACUUUCCAGAGCAGUUUCAUCGAGCUCCUCAAGAGACGGUUGAUCAGCUGGGUUGACAAGCAGCCCUGGCGCUCACGAAUGAUCCCACCUCAGCGAACUAUGAUGCACAGCUUCGGCUACAGCGAGUCAACCACUUCUGAUGAAAGGGUCGUUGUCGACUGCUACUGCUUUCUGAUUGCCAUUUGCUCCCAUCAUCUCGUGGUGAGCCUGGCCCUAACUCCUGUGGCUUUGUUGGGCUGGGACUCGGCCGGUGCCGUUGGACAGUUCUUGUUCUAUGCUGGUGCCGUGGGAGAUGUGGCGUUCUCGGCUUACGACACCGUCCAGACGACUCUCAGAACCUUUUGCCCAGCUAGCUUCAAAGACCUGGGCGUGCAGCUGCCGAAGAAAUACUUCAUUGUCAUCGUUUGCUUGCAUCAUACACUCUCCAUGAUGCUGACGGUGCCAAUGACCCUGUACUACCCCAAGAUGAGGGCACUGCACAUUUUGAUGUGGUCAAUGCUUUCUUCUGCCGGUUUCGGCUACUUGCUGGGUUGCUACAAAUUCACCCUGGACACGCAACACUCUCGCCGGGACUUCUUGCAAUUCAAGGCCAUUGUGCUGGUUCAGUUACUGAUGAUAUGGCUUGUUCGAGGAUACGUCUGGCUGACUCAAGCUACAGCUGCGAUGAUGGCCUUCUACAGACUUGGUGACACCGUGUUUCUUUUGCUUGGGUCAGUUGGCUUCGUCAUGAUGACGCUUUUCAACCUGCUGAUGGUGAUCGAUUCGACCGCAGCAGCCGUCAAGUGGUUGCCCCAGCUGAUGCACAUGCGGGGCCACGAUACAAAGCUAUCAUGCCAUGAGACACUCAAACCGACACUUCGAGAAUCUGUCAGCGAAAGGAAAGACCUCCCGGCCAUGGUGCAUGCAGCGGGCUUGCGGAGAGUGCAGGGGGCGAGAGUGGCAUUUUCCACUCAAUGA